AUACGUUUUGAAGAUAUUUUUCCGUUGAAUUGCGUAUGGAGCGCGGUGUGAGAAAAGCUGGAAUUUCCUUGUGUUAAUGACACCAUUGAACUUCGUGCGCUGGGCUAUCAGCUGGAAUAAAUGGGUACUUUUUUAUUCCAUGAUGCUUUAUUUCCAGUCUAGUUUACAGAAAGUCAGCUGCUGCUCAAAUUCAAAUAGUGAUAUAUUUGAACAUCCCUGCAAACCUCACCAUGAGUAGUGUCACUGACCAUUCCAAGGACAUGAAUCAUGCAGAUGCUGGAAAUGGUGAAGUGGAUAUCUACAGAGAUACUCCAAUCAGACUACUAGGCUAUGCAAAUGAACUGGGAGAGGCGUUCCGUGUCUGGGUCUCGCCUUUCUGGGUGAAGGCAUCAUAUGGCGUGGCCAGUGCUUAUGUCGUGGCAGACACAUAUGAUAAAGGCAGCAAAGCUGCACAGCUGCCGCUGGGCGAUGCUGAGCGUCGCACGCGCGUGCUGCACGUGUCGGUGGACACGCUGCUCUGGCAGGCGCUCGCCUCGGUCAUCAUCCCGGGCUUCACCAUUAACCGCGUGUGCGCGGCCACGUACUGGACGCUGGGCCGCACGGCGCUGCCGAUGGCCAUGCGGAAGCGGCUGACGACCGCCGCCGGCCUCGCCGUUAUCCCGUUCAUCGUGAAGCCGAUUGACACGCUCGUCGACUUCGGCUUGGACAAGACGUUCCGCAAGCUGGCGCACAUCUCACCCGAGGAGAGUCAGCACAAGGGACGCAGUCACUGACGACGUGGUGCGCUAGGCCCGGCUAGGUUUGUCUCGUUGAAGUUGCUGUGAUGAGUAGCGUAAUGGCCGGUUUUGUCGCUGGCACGCCCCACGAGGAAUGCGGGUAGCAGGUCACGGAUCUUUUUACUCUAAAGCGUACGGGCAUGACCGCGUUACGUACCGUGACACGUUGUUACUGCGUUGUGUCUGAACUUGUUAUUUGGCACCUUCAACGAUGCUGCCGUUUUUUCCUGAUUUUGACCGAGCUCAUGGUUAUCGAUGGCACGUUUGAUAAUGCUUUAACGCAGAGUUCCUGAGCUUUUCUACCAAUGCGGCGGGGCGGCUUCACUGCUAUAAGCAUAGUGAACAUCUUCCUGGAGUACGUUUUGCUCCCGUAGUCUUCCAGAAUGCAUUGUGGGAUUGUUUCCUUUCGUCGUCUUAGCUUUUUUGAAAGCUUGAGUUCGUAUACUGAUUACUGGAACUUGCCUGGGACUUGUUUGAAUACGCUAGUCACUAGAUCAAGAUGGAUCGCUGAUAAUUGUUUGUAGUUUUGAAAUAGAGCCUUUUUGCCUCUU